CAUUCAGCAGCGCUGUGUUCGGGAACUGCUGCACAUUCCCUCCAUCAUUUUGCCUUUUCUUUUUCUCCCCCUCCCCCUUUCUCCUGUUUAUAUACCUACAGCCUGGAGAGGUGUCAUCUGUCUGCGAAGCUUUGGCACAGAUUAGCUGGCUCUGGGCUUUUCUCUCACAACAGUGGGGAACAUCAGACGUCCAGCCAACUCUAUAACUAUAACGUGAAACUCGAGCAUGGGGAAGCAGAACAGCAAGCUGCGGCCAGAGGUAAUGCAGGACCUGCUGGAGAGCACAGAUUUCACCGAGCACGAGAUCCAGGAGUGGUACAAGGGCUUCUUGCGGGACUGCCCCAGUGGCCAUCUAUCUAUGGAAGAGUUCAAGAAGAUCUAUGGCAACUUCUUUCCCUACGGAGACGCAUCCAAAUUCGCUGAGCACGUGUUCCGCACCUUUGACGCCAACGGCGACGGCACUAUAGACUUCAGGGAGUUUAUCAUUGCGCUCAGCGUCACGUCACGAGGGAAGCUGGAGCAGAAGUUGAAAUGGGCUUUCAGCAUGUAUGACCUGGAUGGUAAUGGAUACAUCAGUAAGGCAGAGAUGCUGGAAAUCGUGCAGGCUAUUUAUAAAAUGGUUUCGUCAGUAAUGAAGAUGCCAGAGGAUGAGUCUACACCAGAGAAAAGAACAGAAAAGAUCUUUAGACAAAUGGAUACCAACCGAGAUGGUAAACUGUCUCUGGAGGAGUUCAUUAAGGGAGCGAAGAGUGACCCUUCCAUCGUGCGUCUGUUGCAGUGUGACCCCAGCAGUGCAGGACAGUUCUAAAAGCAUCAUCCACCACUUUCUCCUCCUCCAUUUUAUUUAUUUAUGGUUUUUAUUUGUCUUCAAUACCAUAAUGGUGGGACAUGACAGGGCCUAUUUAUAUAGGUCUGUAUCCCAUUAAACUGAGCUUCAUGAGAUAUAGGCGCACACGCACUCACUCACACACACAUUCUCUCUCUCUCUCUCUCUCUCUCCCACACAUGCCACACACCCUUACUUGCUGUGCUCCUUCUGUGAGGAUUUCUGAUCUGAACUAGGGGAUAUCUCUGGGCUCAGACAUGUAACUUGGACUACCUGCUAGAAGCGUAUGUAUUAUUCAUGCAGUAUGAAGAGUUUAGUUAUUAUGAUCAAAUAAAAUUUGAACAGGAGAUGGAGAGCUUGACAUGCAUAAUGGAGAAGUGAAGCACUGUGAAAGAAGAGGUUUUGGAGGUCUACUCGUGUUCUUUAUUUUAAGAGGACAGCUUGACUGCACUGUCAAGUGUCCAGUAGUAUUGCUGCAAGAAGAUACAGCUAUAAAUUUCUUACACUUAGUUUUUGACCAGCAGUGAUUAACAACGCAUCCUCACCAGAUGCAUUUAUACAUGAUUCAGUACUAGCGUCAAAGAAAUUGAUGCAGUUAAAAAGGUUUUUUUUUUUUUUAAGUUCAAUUUAUAUUUGUAAAGUCAUGCAGUACUACAGUGCUUUUAUGAUCCUGAUCUACAGUAUGGUGUAGGAGUGGAGUUAGUGUUUUUGUCCCUGAUUUAAUGAAGGCUUUUCUGAAAUGUUCCGGAUCAUCACUCUGGAUAUGCACAGCUUCUUGGCAGAGCCUUACAAUUUGAUUGUGUUUCAGAGGACGUUAAUUCCCAGUAAUGACUGUUCCAGUAUCUUUCCAUUUUAUUAUUAGCGCAUCAGUGUUAUUAAUUCUGGCAAUCAACAUAAUUGUGCAGUACGUACAACACUACACUUACUCCAAAUCCCAAUAAACAUAACUGUAGAAGUGCACUCAUUUUUUCUCUCUUGUGCAGUGUUGCCUGAAGGAAAUGAAAUGAAGAAUUGUGGAACUUUUCUCUACUUUAUUAGGCCUGUAGAGCCUGUGAAUUUUUUUUCCCCCCCCAAAUAAUGAGAUAACAGGCAUGCAUGCAGAACUGUCAAUGACUAUUUUAAGAUGCAGCAUCUUGUUUUUAGUGUUUUCAGUGGAGCAUGUUAAAUAAAUUUUAACUGUAUAUGGAAGAUAAACUUCUUUUGUGUUAUAUGUAUGCAUGCUGGUUUGUGUAUGUGUGUGUGUGGCUAGUGUGCCCUGGUACUGUUUGCUCACACUGCUCUCGGUGGUCUGUCACUUUGUCCCAGAGAGCUUGUGAGCAGCAAACCCUUUUAAUAUUUACAACCGAAGACUUAUUGAUUAUAAAAGUUAGUAUGGUGCACAUUAUAAAUCUUGUAUGAACUGUAGGUUGUAAAUACGCAGACAUUGUCAGGUUACUGACGUGCCACACACAUACAUAUGCAAUUAGUUAUGCGUUUCUAUGGAUAACUGCUUUGUCAUUGCCUUGUUGUUCUUUACUAAUGUAAUUGCCUGUAAUGCUAAAACCUGAAUUAGCCUUUAGAAUUAGCCUUUUGCUACUGGAAGAGUAUAGAACAAAUGAUCAGGGUUCAGUUUCCCAAAAGCAUUUUAUAGUGUUCAAAUCAAUUCAUUCAUGAUGGAAAAGAUGUUUCUUCUUGAACUUGGUACAGUAAGAUUAAUGUGAUGUAUGAGACGAUGUUUAGACAGCUGGUCUGGAAAUUUAAUGGCUUAGCCCGACUGUGUCUGAUGUCUUAAGGUUUAACAAUGUGAGAUCUGAUCUCAGUGACAUUUCUUCACCAUUAAACAAAUGAGUUGUAAUCAUAUACAGUAUAUAUAAGAUACAGUUUUAAAAUUUGAGAUCCACUUCACUUGUAUAGUACCUGUCCUGCUUUCAGUGUGCAUGAUGAUAAACACAUUGGCGCUCCAGAUGUGUUCUGUUGCUGCUGCUGUUUAUUGUAAGUUUUGAAUGUUAUCUGAUGCCACUGCAAAUCGUUAAAUGCCUUACUGCAGUAAUUCUCGAUUACAGUCUUGGGAACCCCAUGCACUUCGCUUUUGAGCGUUUUCCUGCUCUAACACACCUGAAUCAUCUUAUAAAGGACUUUGAAUUGGUUCAAGCGUAUUGGAGCUGGUGCUUCACAAAUAUGUGCAGAACAUGUGGUUCCCCAGGACUGCAGCGGAGAUCCACUGCCUUGACUUCAGUACUGCUAUAUUUUUCACUUGAUAAAUUUGCAUUUUUUCUUCCUUUCUAAACCUGCUGUUUUGUAAAUUUGGAAAAUGUUCAAACAUCACAACUACUGCGUUAAUUUACUCCAUGGUGUAUGCAUAUGUUUCAUUUUGUUUUUCUUUCUUUUUAAGAAUCUCACAUUUCUAUAGCACAAUAUCAUGUGGUUAGGUGCCAAAUAUACAGAAUCAGUAUUGUAUACAUUUAUACUGUACAAUUAUUUGUCAAACAGAAUAUUUGUAUUUGCUGCCGUUUUGUUUUUUUGUUUAGUUUUUUUUUUUUUUGUAGAUUUUGUAUGGUAACCUGUAUUUUGUGGCAAUGUCAACUUGAGGUAUAGAAAUGUCGUCUUCGUUAUACUAUAAAGCAAAAAUUAAAUUUAGGAAAGAAUA